AUGUCAGCUUCGGUAGCCCUCGGAGGUUCUUCCCGCUGCGGCCGCGCCCUAGGCCCAUCCCUCGACAAGAUCAUCAAGAACGCGGCAUGGCGGAAGCACUCCCACCUCGUCUCUUCCUGCAAGGCGGCCCUCGACCAGCUCCAAUCUCUCUCCGACCUCCCCAAUCACGACCCUGACUCGCCGCUCCUCGCCCUCCCCGCCGCCGACGCCCCGCUCCUUCUCCAGCCCAUCCUCCUCGCCUUGGACUCCAACUACGCCAAGGUCGCCGAGCCCGCCCUCGAGUGCGCAUUCAAGCUCUUCUCCCUCUCCCUCAUCCGCGGCGAGGCCGACCCUUCCUCCAUUUCCCCUUCCCUCAUCCUCCGCCUCCUCGACGCCGUCUGCCGCUCGUGCUCAAUCGGCGACGAGGUCAUCGAGCUCUCCGUUCUCCGUGCCCUCCUCGCCGCCGUCCGAUCCCCUUGCCUCCUCAUCCACGGCGAGGGCUUGGUCACCAUUGUCAAGACCUGCUACAAUGUCUACCUCGGCGGCACCAACGGGACCAAUCAGAUCUGUGCCAAGUCCGUUCUUGCGCAGAUUGUGCUCAUUGUUUUCACCAGAGUCGAGGAGGACUCCAUGGAUGUUGCUCCUAGAACUGUCUCCGUUGGUGAAUUGCUCGAGUUCACUGACAAGAAUCUCAACGAGGGGAGCUCCAUUCACUUCAGCCAGAACUUUAUUAACGAGGUAAUGUCGGCUACUGCUGCUAAAGACAAUGCUGUUCCUUCGCAUGUUUCCCCUGCUGUCAAGCUGCAAAAUGGUGCUGCUGAGGGACCCGGUGGGGAAGCCGAUACUUCCAAAGUGGACAAUGAUGACAAAGGCGAGUUGGAUGGUGGAGCUCAGGCUCAGCCGGGAGCCGCGGAUGCUGACAAUGCUGCUGCUGCUGCUGCUGAGACUACUGGGGACAGUAAAAUAAGGGAGGAUGGAUUUCUACUUUUCAGGAAUCUUUGCAAGUUGUCCAUGAAGUUUUCAUCUCAGGAGAAUCCAGAUGAUCAUAUUCUGUUGAGAGGCAAGACAUUGUCACUGGAGUUGGUCAAAGUCAUAAUGGACACUGGCGGUCCGAUGUUGCGCAGCAAUGAAAGGUUUCUUACUGCCGUCAAGCAAUAUCUCUGCUUGUCAUUGUUGAAGAACAGCGCCUUGUCCGUCAUGGCUAUUUUCCAGCUUCAGUGUUCUAUUUUUAUGAUCUUGUUGUCGAAAUUCAGAUCUGGUCUGAAGGAAGAAAUUGGGAUAUUCUUUCCAAUGCUCAUCCUCCGAGUGCUUGAAAAUGUUAACCAACCUAGUUUCUUACAGAAAAUGACUGUCCUAAAUUUCCUGGAGAAGAUUGUGCAGGAUCCCCAGCUUAUAAUCGAUCUUUUUGUCAACUAUGACUGUGAUGUGGAGUCUCCCAACUUGUAUGAAAGGACUGUCAAUGGCCUUCUCAAAACUGCUCUAGGACCGCCACCUGGUUCAACCACAACACUAUCUGCAGCUCAAGACAUUACUUUUAGGCAUGAAUCUGUGAAGUGCUUGGUGAUCAUCAUCAAGUCCAUGGGUACUUGGAUGGAUCAGCAGCUCAGAAUAGAGGAGGCCUAUCUGCCUAAAAGCACAGAGAUCUAUACUUCAGUCGAGAAUUAUUCAAACCCUGGUGGAGAAGAUGGUAGUGUUCCUGACUUUGAUCUACAUACUGAAGUGACCUCUGAGGUAUCAGAUGCAGCCACUCUAGAACAACGACGGGCUUAUAAAAUGGAACUCCAGAAAGGCAUCUCUCUGUUUAAUAGGAAGCCUUCAAAGGGUAUCGAAUUUCUGGUUAACACAAAAAAAAUUGGCAGUUCUGCGGAAGAAGUUGCUGCAUUUCUGAAAAACACUAGUGGCCUCAAUGAAACUGUGAUUGGUGAUUAUCUGGGUGAAAGGGAGGAAUUCUGUUUAAGAGUUAUGCAUGCUUAUGUCGAUUCAUUUAAUUUCAAAGCGAUGGCUUUUGGUGAAGCAAUAAGAUUUUUCUUAAGGGGCUUCAGGUUACCAGGAGAAGCGCAGAAGAUUGACCGCAUCAUGGAGAAGUUUGCUGAGCGGUACUGUAAAUGUAAUCCAAACUCGUUUACUAGUGCUGAUACGGCAUAUGUCCUUGCUUAUUCUGUCAUAAUGCUCAAUACUGAUGCGCAUAACAACAUGGUGAAGGAUAAGAUGUCUAAAGCAGAUUUCAUUCGGAACAACCGAGGAAUAGAUGAUGGAAAGGAUUUAGCUGAAGAAUUCCUGAGCACCCUCUACGAUCACAUUGUGAAAAACGAAAUUAAGAUGAAUGCCGAUUCUGUCCCUCAAACUAAGCAGGCAAACAGUUUAAAUAAGCUGUUAGGUUUUGAUGGGAUACUCAAUCUAGUAACUUGGAAGCAGGCUGAAGAAAAGCCAUUGGGGGCAAAUGGCCUCCUUAUUCGGCAUAUCCAAGAGCAGUUCAGGGCAAAGUCAGCAAAAUCAGAGUCUGUUUAUCAUGUCGUAACUGAUGCAGCAAUCUUGAGGUUUAUGGUUGAGGUCUGCUGGGGUCCUAUGUUGGCUGCAUUCAGUAUGACUCUUGGUCAAAGUGAUGAUAAGCUUGCUACUUCUCAGUGCUUACAGGGAUUUAGAUAUGCUGUGCAUGUGACUGCAGUAAUGGGAAUGCAGACACAGAGGGAUGCUUUUGUUACAUCCUUAGCUAAGUUUACUUAUCUCCACUGUGCGGCAGAUAUGAAGCAGAAGAAUGUUGAGGCCGUGAAGGCAAUUAUAUCAAUUGCUAUCGAGGAUGGUAAUCACCUUCAAGAAUCUUGGGAGCAUAUAUUAACGUGCCUUUCUCGAAUUGAGCAUCUGCAGCUGCUGGGGGAUGGUGCAGCACCUGAUGCAUCUUUCUUAACUGUAUCAAAUACUGAACCUGAGGAAAAAUCUUCGAAGUCGAUGGGUAGUUACCCAUCUAUCAAAAGAAAAGGAAGUCUUCAGAAUCCAGCUGUAAUGGCUGUUGUCAGAGGGGGUUCAUAUGAUAGUACUGCGCUUGGAUUGAACUCCCUGGGACCUGUGACUCCAGAACAGAUCAAUAGUUUCCUUUCAAAUUUGAAUUUGCUUGACCAGAUCGGGCAUUUUGAGUUGAACCACGUAUUUGCUAAUAGCCAAAGGCUGAACAGUGAGUCCAUAGUGGCUUUUGUGAGAGCUCUAUGCAAGGUAGCAAUAUCCGAGUUGCAAUCCCCAACAGAUCCCCGUGUAUUCAGUCUCACAAAGCUUGUUGAAAUAGCGCACUACAAUAUGAACCGCAUCAGACUAGUCUGGUCUCGCAUAUGGAAUGUUCUAUCAGAUUUCUUUGUGUCUGUUGGCUUGUCCGAAAACCUCUCGGUUGCUAUUUUUGUGAUGGAUUCAUUACGGCAACUUGCUAUGAAGUUCCUAGAACGGGAGGAGCUGGCAAAUUACAACUUCCAGAACGAGUUUCUUAGGCCUUUUGUGAUUGUCAUGCAGAAAAGUGGUUCCACAGAGAUCAGGGAAUUAAUUGUUCGCUGUAUUUCACAGAUGGUCCUUAGUCGUGUCAAUCAUGUGAAAUCAGGCUGGAAAAGCGUCUUUAUGGUUUUUACAGCUGCUGCUGCUGAUGAACGGAAAAAUGUUGUCUUGUUGGCAUUUGAGACGAUGGAGAAGAUAGUGCGGGAAUACUUUCCUUAUAUUACUGAAACAGAGACGACAACAUUCACUGAUUGUGUUAGAUGCCUGACUACCUUCACGAAUAGCAGGUUUAACAGUGAUGUGAGCUUAAAUGCCAUUGCAUUUCUCCGCUUCUGCGCUGUCAAACUUGCAGAUGGAGGGCUUAUUUGUAAUGAGGCGGAGAAGAAGGUUGAUGAUUCAUCAUCGAUUGCUGUGACGAAUGAGGAUACUUCAGAUGUGCAAAAUGUCUAUGACAAAGAUGAUCAUGCAUCCUUUUGGUUUCCUUUGCUCACAGGUUUGUCAAGGUUGACUGCUGAUCCUAGAUCAGCUAUCAGAAAAAGUGCAUUGGAGGUUCUAUUCAACAUUCUCAAUGAUCAUGGCCAUCUCUUCUCUUACUUGGUUUGGAUGGGCAUUUUCAACUCUGUUAUCUUCCCCAUUUUCAGUGGAUUAUGUGAUAAAAAAGAUCUUGCUGAUAGCAAAGAUGAUUGCAGUCAUUCAGAAAUUCCCGCACCUGCUGCUCAUAUUGAAGGAGGUUCUUGGGAUUCUGAGACUUCUUCUCUAGCAUCUCAUUGUCUUGUUGAUCUGUUUGUCCGGUUUUUCGAUGUGGUGAGGUCUCAACUGCAUAAUCUGAUGGCAAUUCUGACUGGGUUCAUUAGAAGUCCUGUCCAGGGUCCUGCUAGCACUGGCGUUGCUGCGUUGCUACGCUUGGCAGGUGAACUGGGCAGUAGGCUGUCUGAGGAUGAAUGGGGACAGAUUUUCAUAGCUUUAAAGGAAGCUGCUGCAUUAACAGUUCCCGGGUUUAUGAAAGUGUUCAAAAGCUUGGAUGACUUGGAGAUGGCCAUUGACCCUCUGUCUUAUGCUGAUAUUGAUGUGUCUUCUGAUCCUGGCUUCACUCAUGACGAGAUUGAGGAGGACAGUCUCCAAACUGCAGCGUAUGUAGCUUCAAGAGUAAAGAGUCAUAUUGCUAUCCAGCUACUCAUUACUCAGGUUGCCAUCGAUUUAUACAGAUCACACCUGAAGUACCUGUCUGAAUCCAACAUCCACACCAUCGUUGCAAUGUUUCGAUCCGUUGCAUCCCAUGCCCAUGAGCUCAACUCGGAGACGGUCCGACUAAAGAAGCUGCAGAAAGCUUGCUCCAUCAAUGAGGUUUCAGAUCCUCCAAUGGUUCACUUCGAGAACGAGUCGUACCAGAACUACCUGAGCCUGCUUCAGGACUUGAUCGUGGACAAACCGUUGAUUUGCAAGGGUUUGAAAAUAGAGUCACGACUUGUCGAGGUAUGCCAGGAGAUAGUGCAAAUAUAUCUCAACUGUGCAGGGUGUGGUGGUGGGGUCACAGGGCUCAACAGGCCAGUAGCAGCACAGUCUGUGUUGCCCCUGGGCUCUGCAAAGAAGGAAGAACUGGCAGCAAGGACGUCGCUGCUCAUCUCGGCGCUGAGAGGGUUGAGCGGGCUGGAUGGGGAGGUGUUUAGGGAGCACGUGUCGGAGUUCUUCCCGCUGUUGGUAGAUCUUGUAGGGAGUGAGCACAGCUCGGGGGAAGUUCAGAAUGUGGUGAGCAACAUUUUUAGAGCUUGUAUAGGUCCCAUAGUAAUGCCGUGA